UCACUGAUGCUGGAACGAUGGAGUCCGAGCUGAGUUUCACCUCCUCACGGUCACCUGCCUCUCACUGAUCAGCUGUUAAUCAGCUGUCAAUCAGCUGUCAACCAGCCGCCAGUCAAUCAGCGGAGUCCUGGUGCACAGAUAGCAUCAUGUUGGCCAGGAAGGGGCUCCUGCCAGACGGCUUCCUGCUGACCCGGCUGGCGGAGGACCAGAACCAGCCGAACCGCAGCCGGUUCAGGUCCCAGAGAGCCCGCUUCAUCACCAAGACCGGAUCCUGCAACGUGGCUCACAAGAACAUCAGGGAGCAGGGUCGCUUCCUGCAGGAUGUUUUCACCACCAUGGUGGACCUGAAGUGGCAGCACUCCCUCCUCAUCUUCGCCUCGGCCUUCAUCUGCUCCUGGAUGCUCUUCGCUAUGAUCUGGUGGCUCCUGGCCUUCGCCCACGGAGACCUGGAGCCUCGCGACCCCAACGGCGAGCCGGGCCCCGUCCCCUGCGUCACCGCCAUCCACUCCUUCACCUCGGCCUUCCUGUUCUCCAUCGAGGUCCAGGUGACCAUUGGCUUCGGCGGCAGGAUGGUGACGGAGGAGUGUCCUCUGGCCAUCACCGUGCUCAUCGUCCAGAACAUCCUGGGCCUCAUCGUCAACGCCGUCAUGCUCGGCUGCGUCUUCAUGAAGACGGCUCAGGCCAACCGGCGAGCCGAGACCCUCAUCUUCUCCAGGAACGCCGUCAUCGCUCCUCGCAACGGACGACCCACCUUCAUGUUCAGAGUCGGAGACCUGAGGAAGAGCAUGAUCAUCUCUGCCACCAUUCAGCUGCAGGUGAUCCGGCGGACGGUGACGGCGGAGGGGGAGGUGGUCCCCGUGUGCCAGCUGGACAUCCAGGUUGAGAACCCUCUGAGGAGCAACGGCAUCUUCCUGGUGUCUCCUCUGAUCAUCAGCCACACCAUGGAGCGGGGGAGUCCCCUCUACGAGCUCUCGGCCCAGUCCCUGUCCUCCGAGGACCUGGAGAUCAUCGUCAUCCUAGAAGGUGUGGUGGAGACCACGGGGAUCACCAUGCAGGCCCGGACCUCCUACACCCCGGAGGAGAUCCUGUGGGGGCGGCGCUUCGUCUCCAUCAUAACGGAGGAGGACGGCCGCUACUGCGUCGACUACUCCAAGUUCGGGAACACGGUUCCGGUCCGGAUGUCGUGUCUCAGCGCCAAGGAGCUGGACCAGACCAAGGGGGUCCAGGAGGGGGGCUCGGAGGUCCAGCUGCAGGGCUGGGGGCUGGUCCGGGCCGGGAGAGGAGGCUUCCGCAGAGGGGGGCGGGCCUGCGAUAGCUCGGCUCCCCAGCCCUGGUACGCCCAGUCAGAGACCACCGAGAAGGAGGGCCAGAAGAAGACGGUGCCGCUGGAGGUGAUUGGACGCCAUGUGGAGGAGGACGGACUGGGGGACGGACUGGGGGACAUGAGCGAGUGAAUGGACUCUGGCCCCGGGGACCCUGCAUCAGUCCUUUAUUUAUUCUACUGAGCUGUUAGCCGUUAGCUGGUAGCUGGUAGCCUUUAGCUGUUAGCCGUUAGCUGUUAGCUGGUAGCUGGUAGCCUUUAGCUGUUAGCUGGUAGCUGUUAGCUGGUGGCUG